CUCAGGAAGGAAGCAGCAGGAAGGCGCGCUUUUGGCACGUGGAGACCGGUUUUUUACUUUUAAGUUUGAAUUUCGUCAUUGGAUAUUGAUUCGGGUUAACGAAGGAUGAGCACCGAAUUAGAACGAGGCAAUGUCGCGGUGUUGGACCUCUCUAAGGACAGCACCGCUCUCCCCGACUCUACCAUCUUGGGGGACGAGCACAAAGUCACGUCUGAUUCGUCAGUAGAAAAACCCAUGGGGAACGGCUCUGUAGUGGAAAACGGAGUCUGUCCUACGUCGUCGCCAGGGAAGAAGGAGACACAUCCAGGCAGCAACAUCACAGUUCCAACCAAACCUCCCAGAACACCUGCUCCCGAAGAGGCCAAUCACAAGAGUUCAACAGAGGAACCCAAAGCAGUUCCAUUGUCCUCAACGGGUUUGGCUACAACUUUGGCGCCGGCCGAGCAUCUAUGGACCACGCGCAGAGACGAGGCGGUGAGGCUGAGGAUGGAGGGGUCCGGACCGGCGGCGGAGACCCCCAUCACCACUCAUCAGAUGUUCUUGGAGACGGUGGAAAACAACGGGGAUCACGCGGCGCUGGCGUACAAGAAGGACGGACAGUGGGUGACCGUGACCUACAGGCAGUACUACGAGCAGUGCCGUGCAGCUGCUAAGAGUUUCCUCAAGCUGGGACUGGAGCGCUUCCAUGGUGUGGGAAUUCUAGGAUUCAACGCUCCAGAGUGGUUUAUUGCAGAUAUUGGCUGCAUUUUCGCCGGUGGUCUGGCCGCUGGCAUCUACACCACAAACUCCCCUGAAGCGUGUCAGUAUGUGGCUGAAAACUGUGAGGCCAACGUCCUGGUCGUGGAGGACAAGAAGCAACUGGACAAGAUUCUGCAGGUUAAAGAUCAACUUCCUCACCUCAAAGCCAUUGUUCAAUACAAGGGUGAGCUGCACCAGAAAGCGCCGUUCCUCUACACAUGGGAUGAGUUCAUGAAGCUCGGGGAGGAUGUGCCCAACGAGCAGCUGGACGCUGUGAUCAGCAGCCUGCGGGCGAACGAGUGCUGCACGCUCAUCUACACCUCAGGGACCACGGGGAACCCCAAAGGCGUCAUGCUGAGCCACGACAACAUCACGUGGACGACACUGGCUGCAGGUAAAAUGGCCAAUCUCAACUACGCAGAGGAGGUUUUAAUCAGUUACCUGCCGCUGAGCCACGCCGCGGCACAAGUCAACGACAUGUGGAUGUGUAUGAGAUACGGAGGGACCACGUACUUCGCACAACCAGAUGCUCUCAAGGGAUCUCUAGGUACAACCCUGAAAGAGGUGCGGCCCACGUCCUUUCUGGGGGUUCCUCGAGUUUGGGAGAAGAUGCAGGAAAAGAUGAAAGCUGCUGGGGUCAAGGCUUCACCCAUGAGGAGACGAUUCGCCGACUGGGCCAAGUCCAUCGGGCUGCAGUACAACUACAGUGCCAUGAAUGGGGAGAAUGUCGUGCCGUGGGGCUUCACAUUGGCCAACAGUUUGGUUUUCAAAAAGGUGCGCGCUGUUAUGGGUCUAGAUCGCUGCAAACUGUGUCUGACAGGAGCCGCGCCCAUCACCAAAGAAACUCUGGAGUACUUCAUGAGCCUGAACCUGCCUCUGAUGGAGUUAUACGGCAUGAGCGAGAGCUCCGGACCUCACACCGUCUCUGUGCCCACUUCAUUCAGGCUCACAGGUUGUGGAAAGGUGAUGCCAGGCUGCAAGACAAAACUGGAAAAUCCGGACCAAGAUGGGAAUGGAGAGGUUUGUUUCUGGGGCCGUCACGUGUUCAUGGGAUACCUGAACAUGCCUGAUAAAACCACAGAGGCUCUGGAUGAGGACGGCUGGCUGCACUCGGGAGACCUGGGACGACACGACCAGCACGGGUUUCUCUACAUCACAGGACGGAUAAAGGAGUUGAUCAUAACAGCAGGUGGAGAGAACAUCCCUCCUGUUCCCAUUGAAGACGCACUGAAGGCUGAAGUCCCCAUCAUCAGUAACGCCAUGCUGAUCGGAGACAAGCUCAAAUUCUUGUCGAUGCUUCUCACGCUCAAAUGCGUUGUCGACGAUAACGGUGAGCCCACUGACGACCUGAGUCCAGAGGCUUUGGACUUCUGCCGGCGACAUAACGUCACGGCGACAAAGGUGUCAGAGAUCGUAGCCAAUAAGGAGCCAGCGAUCUACCAAGCCAUCCAAGAGGGAUUUGAGCGCGUCAAUGCCAAAGCCACAUCCAGAGCCCAGAACGUACAAAAGUGGGUGAUUCUAGAGCGAGACUUCUCCAUCUCUGGGGGAGAGUUGGGUCCCACGAUGAAACUCCGAAGGCCUAUUGUCGUCAAGAUGUACCAGGAAAUGAUCAACGACAUGUACGCGGUGGGAGACAAACCAUAACCCAAAAACUCCCACAAGAGGAGGUGUUUAAGGAGACGUUUCCUUGUGCCCAAACCCGAACAAUCAUCAUAUAUUUAUAGAUGAUCUUCUGACCCACUUUUCAAUGCAAAUGUGUUCUGAGCAUAACUGUGGAAGCUGUGAGUUUGUGCUGCUAUGUAAUUCUUGUAAAAGUUGUAUUUUCAACUCGACGCGACACCGUUUAAUAGCCGUGUACUUUUUGUAAAUAAAAAGCUAAACAAAGCCAAAUGCUUUUUAGAGCAUAAUAUUGUUAUUUUAGUGCAGAUUAAUAUUCUUCCAGAACUGAUAAUAUCAAAGAAAAGCCAACUGCUCUGCCUGUGGUAGUAUUUUUUUUGGUAAUUUUGGCUUUUUACAAACUGUGAUUUUAUGAUGAUGUGUUUUGAAUUAAACUCAUAAAUAAACUCAUAAAUCUGACAAUUUUCAGAUAUUAACGAAUGCCUCAUAGGCCGUUUGUAUUUAUUAGCUCUAUUUAAAUUGCUCUUGUGCAUAUGAAAGUUCCACUAUGUGCUCUCCAUGUACAGUUCAACAAAUGUAUAUAUUAUAUAAUUGUUUUAUCAAAAUUGUCAAUAAAAUUUGCAGAUUUGAAUCUUGU